AUGCCUCGCACUUCCAGCGGAAUGUGCAACUCGGAUUGCCGUGGCUGCCCCAACUGCCUUUCCAUGCCUAGUUCCGGCGGAAGCUACUCCUAUUACCAUCACAGCGAGACUGUGAUCGUGAGCAGUGGUGGUGGUCCGAUAUUGCCUAUGCCUCGCACUAUCCAAGGAUCGGGUAAUGUUGAUGAUGUUUCAGAUGGAAUGAGCGAUCUCUCCAUGGCGAGCUCCGCCAGAACGAAGUCCCAGCCCAAGUCCCGUCGCAAGAGCGGUGUUGCCCGUUGGCUUGAGAACAUUGGUGAGGACGAUGUCGUCAACUCCAGAACUCCUGAACGUUAUCUCCUUGAAGCUCCCAGAGGCUCUGAUAGCCGAUCCAUGGUGUCCUCCUCUUCUCGCCGUUCCAAUCGCUCGCGUCGCUCUAGCCGCGACGACGACGACGAUGCGCGCACUGUAGUCACCCUGGCAAGCCUUGCCCCCUCCGAUAGCGUCAGCGGCAUCUCUUCCCGGUGCUCUGAUGUAUCUCGUCGCAGCUCUCAUGCUGGCUCUCGAGUUAGCUCCCGUAUGCGCGACGAUGAUGAAAGCACAGUCCGCGGCCCUCGUGCCAAGGUCAGCAUUGUUUCCUCCCGCUCUCGUCACCUCGACGACCAUAGUCGGGUUUCCUCCCGUCACGGCGCUGGCAGCACUGUCAGCUCUCGCUACGGCGGUGGCAGCGAGGUCACUAGCCGGGUUGGCUCUCGCCUCGGUGCCAGCGAAGUCGGUAGCCGGGUGAGCUCUCGCGUUCCCAACGAGGCUCCCAGUCGCCGUUUCAGCAAGGAUGAGCGCACCCUUGUUCACCCUCGCUUUGCCUGCACAGUCCCAACAGAUCAUGAUGCCCAUGGGGACUUUCUAUCAGCAUCCGAGAAACUAGAACUUGCCAUAAGCAGAGAAACCUUUUUCAUACUUACUCAACGCUUCUUUUCGUUCAAUAGUCUGUUGGAGGCUUGGAAACAUCGAGCCUCGGCGGGCUGUGUAAUUCGACAUAUUGACUAUGAUGAGACGACCAGUAGCGCAAUUUCCAUCAAUUUCAUCAUCUCCAUCCAGUUAUCCAGUAGCUUCACAUCUCUGAUUGUGGUGCACCAUGACUUUGCGAGCAGAAGCUCUACAGUCCUAGCACUCAGGGUCAAUCCACACGACCAGAGUCUCUUCCAACAAUUCCACGAACAUCAGCAGCGCUUGAUCGGUCACCCACUCUUCGUUAUGACUCUUCUUUUUGCAAUCAACCUUGACACCAAUCUUCUCUACAUGCACAAGAUCCGUCCGAUCGGUGCACUGGCUCACGAUAGCGAACUCUCUCGGUUGGGCCACGCAGCUGAGAUUCAUAUAUCGAUAUUUCGUCGUCGAUUGGAUUUCCUAGAGCACUAUCUUGAGUUGAGUCAGCAGACAGUCAACGAGUUGGAAGGUCUAAUUCCAAGCUCCCUUUGCACGCCAGUAGGCCUAAGAAAUGAAUACGAACAGUGGCUUCGAAAUCUCGCAACGCAAUUCAGACUGCGCCAAGUCGAUUUGACUUAUUAUCAGCGACGAAUUGAUAAUCAAAUAACCGCCAUAUACGGAUUGCUGUCCCAACGCGACAACAUGCUCGGUGUCUCCGUUGCCAUCGAAUCUAAAAGGAUUCCUGAGGCGUCGAAACGCGACGGUUCUUCUUUUAAAUCGCUCAGCGUGCUUGCGACACUGUUCUUCCCGGCUAGCUAUAUUGCUACUCUUUUCACCCUUCCCCACUUCACCAAAACACCGCCCUGGACCUUCUACCGCCAACGGAGGAUUGCGCAGGAGACAACUGAUCAGGGGGUCAAUCCUGACGUGGAGCUCGAUCCGGAAGUUGCGUUCGCGUCGUCAUCGAAUGCUGCGUCUUCGACAAUUCUGGUCUCCACGCUUUCGACAGAUCAGGUCGCAUACGAGGGCGUUGCAUCAUUCUAG